AUGCACUUUGCCGCACUAGCCGCACUUGCGGCUGCGGCAGCCGCCCCCGUGUCGGCCUUCUACCUCCCAGGCUCAGCACCAAGAGACUACAAGCCUGGCGACCAGGUCGACGUCUUUGUCAACACGGUCACUCCACUGUUGAACGCCACACUCCGCUCUCUCAUCUCGUACGACUACUACGACCCGAGGUUCCACUUCUGCCAGCCUGAAGGUGGGCCAGUCAAGCAAGCCGAGUCGCUCGGCUCGAUCCUGUUCGGCGACCGCAUUCUCUCAUCGCCCUUCGACAUCAAGAUGGGCGAAGACGUAAAGUGUCUCACGCUCUGCCGGAGCAAGGUGCCCGGCAACGACGCCAAAUUUAUUCACGACCGCAUCCGAGAGGACUAUGGACUCAACUUUAUCAUCGACGGGCUGCCAGGUGCAGAGCUCAAGAAGGACUCGCGGACAGGCGAGCAGUUCCUCGACGGACAAGGCUUCCUGCUGGGCUUGCACGGGUACAACGGCAUCGGGUCGGAUGACAAGCCAGCGCUCAACAACCACUACGAUAUUUACAUUGAAUAUCACAAGCGCGCAGAGAACAAGAUCCGUGUCGUCGGCGUCAUGGUGUACCCGCGCAGCGUCGACAGCAUUGUGGCCGGAGAGGAGACGCCCAACUGCAACCGCGAGGGAAAGCCGCUCUACCUCUCUGAAACCGCCGACAACCAGUUCCUCUACACGUACUCGGUCCAGUUCCGCGAGUCAGACGUCGUUUGGUCCCUUCGUUGGGAUAGCUACCUGCACGUAUUUCACCCCAAGAUCCACUGGUUCUCGCUCAUCAACUCGCUCAUCAUUGUCGGUUUCCUCUGCUUCAUGGUCUCAGCGGUCCUCUACCGCACCAUCUCCAAGGACAUUUCGCGCUACAACCAGGUUGACCUUGCAGAUGACGUCCAGGAGGACUAUGGGUGGAAGCUCGUCCACGCCGAGGUUUUCCGCCAGCCGCAGCGCCCAAUGCUCCUCGCUGUCCUCGUCGGCAACGGCUUCCAUCUGGCCGGCAUGACCCUCGUGACCCUCAUGUUUGCGCUCCUCGGCUUCCUCUCACCGUCGAACCGCGGCUCGCUUGAGACGGUACUGCUCAUCUGCUGGACCCUCUUUGGUUGCGUGUCUGGCUACGUCUCGGCGCGCGUGUACGCUUCGAUCGGCGGCGACCAGUGGAAGCCCAACCUCGUGCUCACGGCCGUGCUCUUCCCGACCAUUGUCUUCACGAUCAUCGGCGUUCUCAACCUCCUCCUCGUGUUCACCGGCGCGUCGGGUGCUAUCCCGUUCGGCACCAUUCUCGUGAUCCUGUUCAUGUGGUUCCUCAUUUCUGUCCCUCUCACCGUUGCCGGCUACUUCUUCGGCAUGAAGCACGGCGGCUGGUCCAACCCUGUGCGCACCAACCAGAUCCCGCGCCAGAUUCCUCCUUGCCCAUGGUACCUCAAACCCGUCCCGGCCGCUAUUCUUUGCGGUAUUCUGCCUUUUGCUGCCGCGUUCGUCGAGCUGUACUUUAUGCUCUCGAGCCUGUUUGGCAACCGCGCGUACUACGCGUUCGGCUUCCUCUUCCUCACCUUUGGGGUGGUCGCACUCACUACGGCUACGGUCACCAUUCUCUUCACUUACUUCAUACUCUGUUCUGAGGAGUACCGGUGGCACUGGCGAUCGUUCCUUGUCGGCGGUGGUGCCUCGUUCUGGGUGUUCGUGUACGGCCUCUACUACUGGGCGAGAAACCUGUCGCUUGGCAGCUUGACGUCUGUGGUGCUGUACUUGGGCUACCUGCUGCUCGCCUCCCUCCUCGUCUUUAUUCUGCUCGGGAGCAUCGGUGCGACUGCGUCGUGGUGGGCCACGCGCAGGCUGUACAGUGCCGUUCGCGUCGACUAG